CGUUGCUGGACUUGACUUCAUCCAUUCCUACACGGUAAACACCACGCACCUCCACUCUAUCUCUCUAUCCACCUCCAUCUAUAGAAAGAACACAUACCCUGAGAGAGCCAAUCAAAAUGCCCACUACAUACCUCGCCUACCACUACGAUGGCAAGCUCCACACCUACGAAACAACCACAACAAGCAUAACCCCCUUCUCGGCCCUCCCCGAGCCAACACGCGCCCUCUUCAAAGAGGGCACAGACGAGCACUAUGUCGUCACAACCGCAGGCACAAUCUUCCACCCUCAAGGGGGUGGCCAACCCUCGGACACAGGGACCAUGGAGCUCCUCCCCUCUCGUCCUUCCACCCCACCAACGAAAUUCACAGUCCACACAGCCCGCAAAUCCAACAACCAAGUCCUUCACCUAGGCACCUUCGAUUCCUCUUCCCAACUCUUCACUCCAGGGGAAAUAAUCCUCCAAAAAAUCGACCCAGCAAAGCGCCUCCUCCACUCGCGCCUCCAUACGGCAGGGCACGUCCUCGGCGGGGCCGUGCGCCAGCUACUGGAGGAUAAGAUCGAGGGAUUUGACGAGCUCAAGGCGUCGCAUUUUCCGGGGUCCGCGGCGUGCGAGUUCCGCGGGUUGAUCCCGGGGGAGUGGAAGGGAGGUAUUCAGGAGAGGGUGAGGGAGAUUGUGGAGGGUAAGGUGGUGGUUAGGGUUGAGUGGUGGAGGGUGGGGGAUUUUGAGGAGAGGGGGUUGGGGAGGUUGUUGGGGGGGAUUGCCGGGGAUGGGGAUGGGGAUGGGGAUGAGAAUGGAGGAGAGGAGGAGGAAGGGAAGGAGAAGAAAUUGAGGGUGGUGGUGAUCGAUGGUGUAGAGACGUAUCCGUGUGGAGGUACGCAUGUCGACACGACGGAUUUAUGUGGGGAGGUGUUGGUUAAGAAGAUUGUGAGGAAGUCGGGGGUGUCGAAGUGGCUGUGGUAUGCCGGCGAGCAGACAAGGCUGUAG